GUGAUAUAAUUAAGCGCUUCACACAGGCGCUUCUCGAAAGAUUAUAAAAGUCGUUUCUGUUUGAUAUUGUGCGUAGUUUGAUACAUCGUAUAUACAGUAUCAUUCAUCAGUGGUUUUAAUAUUUUUGUACUGAGGAUUCACUCAUUUUAGUUUUAUGCAGUAAUUGGUCGUCAGCGUAACUGAAAUAUAAAAUUAUUUCAUUUAUUCUUAAUAAAAAAAGAACCUGCUUUUACCAUGAAUAAUAUCAAAAGUGGCGAUAAUGUAUUAAUCGUAUGGAGCAACAGUGAACCUAAUGAAAUCAGCAAUCUAGUAAACCAAAUUAAAAGUAUAGGCAAUACGUCCGUUGUUCUUGAAAAUUCUAGUAUGAUAGCUGAAGCAUCAAGACCACUAUCCUCUUUUGGUGUAAUUUUGUCUAAUUGGAUUCCACCACACUCCGUCAAUCACAGUGAUAGUUUACUUGCAUUAUUUAUAAAACUUUUGAAACCCAAUGGUAAGCUUGUAUUGAAAGAUACAAAAGAUAUUACACUGAGUCUCAAACUAAACGGGUUUAUAAAUGUCAUUCAGGACAGUGACAAUGUUUAUAUAGCUGAAAAACCUAAUUUUGAGGUAGGGUCUAAAGCAUCCCUUAAACUCGGCAAUAAAUCAGCAGUCUGGAAAUUAGAUGACACAGUAGAGGAAGCAUGGUCAGGUGCGAAAGACGAUGAAAUAAUCGAUUCGGACAAGUUACUUGAUGAAGACGACUUGAAGAAACCUGAUCAGCAGUCAUUACGAGUUUGUGCAACAACUGGUAAAAGGAAGGCAUGUGCAGACUGUUCCUGUGGCUUAGCGGAAGAACUAAGAGGGGAGACUAAGGAAACACCAAAAUCAUCAUGUGGAAGUUGUUACUUGGGCGACGCCUUCCGUUGUGCAACAUGCCCAUACCUUGGUAUGCCAGCAUUCAAGCCCGGUGAAAAAGUUCUCUUGGAUCUCAAGUCAGAUAUAUGAAUUUCUUUAGUUCUUAAUAAUUUAUGUGCUUGUUACGUGUUGUAAAUGAUAUGCAAAUAAAUUUUUUUUCGUAAUCUUUA